AAUUUGGAUCAGUAGAAUUCGAGAUGCAGCAGAGUAAGUACGUGGUUUGGUCGGUUACUCUUAUAUUUUGGGGUUUUUUAGAAGCCUUAUCUCCUGAAGGAAUUCCUGCUCCGAAUUACAAUUGUCCGGAGCCCAACGGUAGGUUUUCGGAUCCAGAGCAAUGUGACAAGUAUUAUAUCUGUAAGAAAGGAGAAGCAGAGGAAAUUUUGUGCCCGGAAGGUUUACUUUUUGAUAACUCUAUUCCAAACCGAGAGAAAUGCGUCCUACCUCACAAUGUAGAUUGUGGAGCAAGAGAGUUUGUGCAAGAUCGAGCUCCGGGUUCUGAUCCAAGGUGUGAGAAAGCAAACGGAGUUUUCAACCACGAUGAUCCCAGGGUUUGCAAUAAAUACUUAAACUGUGAUAAGGGAGUCGCCUUUGAGAUGCCCUGUCCUGAUCCUCUCUACUUCGACGUCGAGAUUGGGGGAUGUGUUCGACAGGAGAACUUGAGCGAAUAUGCAAAACGAUGCUCUGAGGAGAACGACUAUCUGGAGAUAGAUGGAUUCAAGUGUCCUGGAGGAGACACAAUUGGUCCACAGGGUCUACUCCAACAGCAUCCCGUAUAUCCUCAUCCUAACGAUUGUCAGUUUUAUUUCACAUGCUAUUUUGGAAAGGAACCGAACAAGUUUGGUUGUUCUAAAGGAAUGGUGUUUGACGCUGAUAAUCAGCAAUGUAAAGAUCCAUCUGAGGUUCCCGACUGUUCCUGCUGGUAUGAAUGUAAAGAGAACUCAGCAUGUCCGACCAAUUGCAACCCUGACUGUACUUGUCCUGUUGCAUAAAUAAUCUACCAUGAAACCUGUAGGGACGAUUAUAAACUUGAAACGAGUAGAUCUGUUUAAAUUUUGCAGUGGUUUCCUCGUUCUUCUGAACCUGGCCCCUGCAAGGAAAACUGCAUUGCAAAUAUGACCCUGAAUAAUUCUGCGUAGAAUGCAGGCUAUACACCGGACUUUGCAUACAAAACACUGAAUCAGAAUAAGCCCCAAUGUCAAGUGUGCAUAUGAAUUCAUUUCAAUUAAGUCCUUUAUUUUUACCUCUUUGUUAAGUGCACGUUACUACAAACGCAAAGUUAACUAAAUCCUAUGUUUAAAUUAUUCGUUGUUUAUUUAAAAGAUAUUCUUUUAAAUGUGGAUCAUGGGCAUUAAAUGAUUGAAUAAACUAAACCUUUUCA